AUGACACGCAAAGACGGAACAGAGUCGGGAAAUGAUGAAGUCCAAAAUCAAAUGGUUGCACAAGAGUCAGUAUCUGUAGAAGAGGUCAAGAUGUUGAGACAACAGAUGGCCGAAAUGUAUGAAGCUUGGAUGAAUGGGCAGGCUCCCCCAUCUUCAAUUCGGGAAUACCUGAAUGUAAAUAUGCCAUUCCCCAUUCAAGUCUCAACAAGUGACCCGAUUUAUCCACCUGGAUUUGGACCCUACGUUAACACAUCUAAUACUGCUGGAACUUCCUCGGUACACCCGUUGAAUCCACCCAUGAUGAAUAAUCCACUCUUCAUGCCAACUGUGCAAACUAAUGCAAAUCCUCAACCAACACUAGUACAAAAAUCCAAUGAUGAUCCUAUACCCAAAGAUCAAUAUGGCCAAGGUCAGGCCCCUAAAUUGACUUUCAAAAUUCCUGAUUCUUACCACCACACUCAUCAAUACAGUACCCCCGUUGAGGUUGAAAAAACUAUUAAGGACGAGGAACAUGAAGAAAUUGCAAGAAAAAUGAGGAGUUUGGAGCAAAACAUAAGGAAUAUGCAAGGGCUGGGAGGACACAAAAGUGUCUCGUUCAAGGACUUAUGCAUGUUUCCAGAUGUUCACUUGCCUAUAGGGUUCAAAACUCCAAAGUUUGAUAAGUAUAACGGUCAUGGCGACCCAGUGGCUCAUUUGAAAAGAUUUUGUAAUCAGCUAAGGGGAGCCGAAGGAAAAGAAGAACUUCUUAUGGCUUACUUUGGAGAAAGUCUAACGGGUGUAGCCUCAGAAUGGUUUAUCGAUCAAGAUAUUUCUCGAUGGCAUGUCUGGGAUGACAUGGCGCAAGAUUUUGUCCAACAAUUCCAAUACAAUAUUGAUAUCGUUCCGGAUCGCAAUUCCCUAGCUAAUAUGAAGAAGAAAUCGUCUGAAAGCUUUAGGGAAUAUGCCAUAAGAUGGAGGGAGCAGGCGGCUAGAGUCAAACCGCCGAUGAAAGACUAUGAAUUGAUUGAUGUUUUUCUCCAGGCACAAGAACCUGACUACUUUCAUUACCUUCUUGCUGCAAUGGGGAAGCCUUUCGCCGAAGCAAUUAAGAUCGGAGAAGUGGUAGAGAACGGCAUAAAAUCGGGUAAAAUUGUAAGCCAGACAGCCAUUAGAGCUACCACACAAGCAAUACAAAGCGGGUCAGGUAAUUUUGUAAAUCGAAAAAAGAAAGAAGAAGGGUCCAUGAUGACGUCUGGAUCGAGAGGUAUUCAAAUGGGCAUGAACCACCCUUAUGUUCAAGUCCAACAAGAACAAUCUAAUUCUCCUCAACAUUAUUACCCAUCCCAAUAUGCAGUUCUCAACACUCAAGCAUAUGUCCGACCUCCUCAGCGCCAACAAUGGCGGGCACCUGCCCCACAAGGUUCUCGCCCCCAACAACAAAAUUUUCAGGCACCCCAUAAUCCACGUCCCCGGAUGGAUUAUACAAGAGAACAAGGUCGAAAAGAAAACUUUACCCCAAUUGGAGAGUCAUAUACGAGUUUGUUGCGGAAAUUAGUACAAUUAGGAUUGGUUGAACCUGUCAAUCCCUAUUUUGUCAAUCCGAAUGCAAGAGGCUUUGAUCCAACUGUUAUAUGUGAGUAUCACGCUAACACUCCAGGUCAUAGCACAGAGAAUUGUUGGACUCUAAAAAGAGUCAUUGAGAAGUUGAUUGAGGAUAAGAACAAAAAUGGAAAGCAGAGAUUCAAAAGAAGAGUCGAGUAUGGUUUUAGAACCCAUACAAAAGGCACCGAUAAUUGUGAAUGGUGCAAGUUCAAAUUUUGGAGACUCGAGAAAACUGUGUUGUAUGUCCCUGGAGCUGUAAAAAGAAGAGAAGUACCGUUGAAUGGACCAAAAUUAUACAUUCCUGGUAAGCUUCGAGCAUUUGGUCAAAAUCAAGAAAGUGUGAAAGAGCCAGUUGUGAUACAAAUUGCAACACAACUUCCGAUGACAAACACCAAGACCGUUCCAUGGAAUUACAACAAAGUCGUUGUUACCCACAAGGGAAAGGAGAUUGUUGAAGAAACAAAUGAAACAAGAGGAUUAACUCGUUCUGGGAGGUGUUAUGCUCCAGAAGAAUUAAGAAGAGACAAACAAGCCAAAGAAAAUCAGUUGCCGGUUAAAAAACCUGUCACUGAGGAGGAGGCUGAAGAGUUCUUGAAAAAGAUGAAAGCUCAAGAUUAUUCUGUUAUUGAUCAAUUGAGGAAAACACCCGCUCAGAUAUCCUUGUUGUCAUUACUCAUACAUUCUAAAGAGCAUCGUGAAGUUUUGACCAGAAUCUUGAAUGAGGCACAUAUCUCAGAAAGUAUCACGGUGGGUCACUUGGAAAAUGCCAACCGAAUAUUUGAGGUAAAUAGAAUCACUUUCACUGAUGAUGAAUUGCCUUUGGAGGACACUCUUGGUGAAAUAUACUUAACUGUUACAAUUGGACCAGUGGAGUUCGGAAUCACUUUCCAAGUAAUAGACAUGGACACUUCUUACAAUCUACUUUUGGGUAGGCCAUGGAUCCACCUGGCUAGAGCUGUGCCGUCUACUCUGCACCAAGUGGUCAAGUUUGAGCAUGACAAACUGGAAAUCAUUGUCCAUGGUGAAGAUGAUCUCCCAAACCGAGAUCCGUCAAUACCAUGCAUUGAGGCCAAAAGAGGUUGUGAAUCCCUCAACUAUCAGGCUUUUGAGAUUAUAACAGUCAAUCAGUUUUCGGUAGGGAAGCCUAUACCACAACCUCAUCUAUCAUCUGCUUCAGUCAUGGUGGUGUCCCAGAUGGUACAAAACGGCUAUGAACCUGGAAAGGGACUAGGGUUGUCUUUGCAAGGAAUUGUAGAUCCCAUCAAUCCGAUGGGUAAUCAAGAGACAUUCGGUUUGGGUUUCAAUCCAACUAGAUUUGAUAGAAAAUGGGCAAAAGAUCGUAAAAGAAAUGUUUGGAAUUUGUUGAAGCCAAUCCCUCAUAUUGCUCAAUCUUUCGUUAAAUCUCGAGGAACCGAGUCCAGACUUCUCUUCCAGAAUGAUGUGGAUGAAAUAUGUCAAGGUAUCAAGGAAAUGUUUUAUGACGUAAACAUGACUCAGAUGGGUGAAGGCACUAGUCACAUGGAUGUGCAAUUCAUCGGCCCGAAUGUCCAGCUCAACAACUGGGAAGCCACUCCUCUCCCUACAAGGAGGGAGUCUUGUUACGUUAAUGUCGACUUUAAUAAUAUGACAUGCAUGCGGAGUUUACAGUUAGAUCCUAAAAAGUUGUCUGAUCUCGAAACAAUGAAUCCAAAGUUUGACGAAUAUGAUGAAGAUGAAGCUUACGAAGAAGACGACAUAAUUCAAGUUUUAUUUGAAUACAAAGAUGUCUUCGCGUGGUCCUACGAUGACAUGCCGGGUUUAAGUGCUGAUUUAGUAGUUCACAAACUUCCAAUACAUCUUGAUUUUCCACCUGUCCAGCAAAAGCAGAGAAAGUUUAAGACAGACAUGAGCGAUAAAAUUAAAGAGGAAAUCAUGAAGCAACUGACUGCAAAUGUGAUCAGAGUUGUCCAAUACACUACCUGGUUGGCUAAUGUUGUGCCAGUGCCAAAGAAAGAUGGAAAGAUCAGAGUUUGUGUUGAUUACAGAGAUUUAAACAAAGCAAGUCCAAAGGACAAUUUUCCAUUACCCAACAUUCACAUCCUGGUUGAUAAUUGUGCCAAACAUGAGAUUCAAUCUUUUGUGGACUGUUACGCCGGAUAUCACCAAAUUCUCAUGGAUGAAGAAGAUGCAGAAAAAACUGCUUUCACCACCCCAUGGGGUACAUAUUGUUAUAGAGUCAUGCCAUUCGGUCUGAAGAGCGGAGCAACCUACAUGAGAGCUAUGACUACCAUAUUCCAUGACAUGAUGCAUAAAGAAGUUGAGGUAUAUGUCGAUGAUGUCAUCAUUAAAUCUAGAACGCAAGUCGACCAUGUGCGUGAUCUAAGAAAAUUCUUCGAAAGAUUGAGAAAGUACAACCUCAAGCUUAAUCCAGCUAAAUGUGCAUUUGGAGUGCCAUCUGGCAAACUUUUGGGUUUUAUAGUUAGUCGAAGAGGUAUUGAAUUGGACCCCUCUAAGAUAAAGUCCAUUCGAGAAUUGCCACCUCCAAAAACCAAAACUGAAGUCAUGAGUUUUCUGGGAAGGUUAAACUAUAUCAGCAGGUUCAUUGCUCAACUCACCGCCACAUGUGAGCCGAUAUUCAAGUUGUUGAAAAAGGACGCUGCUAUCAAAUGGACAAGUGAGUGUCAGGAGGCUUUUGACAAAAUUAAGGAAUAUUUAGCAAACCCUCCGGUAUUGGUCCCACCAGAACCUGAUAGGCCGUUAUUCUUAUAUCUUUCAGUGAUGGAUAAUUCAUUUGGUUGCGUUUUAGGACAACAUGAUUACGGAAAAAAGGAACAAGCCAUUUAUUAUUUGAGCAAAAAGUUCACAAGCUAUGAGGCAAAGUACACUCUGUUAGAAAAGACUUGUUGCGCUUUGACUUGGGUUGCCCAAAAAUUGAAACACUAUCUUUUGUCCUACACGACCUAUCUUAUAUCUCGAAUGGAUCCUUUGAAAUAUAUUUUUCAAAAAUCCAUGCCAACAGGUAGGUUGGCAAAAUGGCAGAUUUUGCUUACGGAAUUUGAUAUUAUUUAUGUCACUCGCACCGCCAUGAAAGCACAAGCGUUGGCCGAUCAUUUAGCAGAGAAUCCGGUCGAUGACGAAUACGAGCCCCUAAGGACAUACUUCCCUGAUGAAGAAAUCAACUCUAUUGAGGAAGAAAUUCCUAAUGAUGGUCACGUGUGGAAAUUAUAUUUUGAUGCACGACUUCGAUUCUUUUCUACCAACAAUACAACAGAAUACGAAGCUUGCAUCAUGGGUUUGAAUAUGGCAAUAAAUCUGGAUGUGCAGGAGUUGGUGGUUUUAGGGGAUUCCGAUUUGCUCAUUCGACGCCGAGGCGAAUGGGAGACUCGAGACAUUAAACUCAUGCCGUACAAACAAUGUUUAGAAAACCUCAUCAAAAGAUUCAAGUCCAUUGAAUUCAGGUACAUUCCCAGGUUUCACAAUGAGUUAGCUGAUGCUUUGGCCACCCUAGCCUCGAUGCUUCCAUACCCGGGUAAUACCUAUAUUGACCCGUUGGAAAUCCAAGUUAGGGAUCAACAUGGUUAUUGCAAUAUAAUUGAAGUAGAGCCAGACGGUGAGCCCUGGUAUCACGACAUUAAACGGUUUUUAAAAGCUAAAGAAUAUCCAAUACAUGCUGAUAGAGAUAAAAAAAGAACUAUCAGGCGACUCGCCAAUGGGUUCUUCUUGAGUGGCGAUAUCUUAUAUAAAAGGACUCCAGAUUUGAAUCUAUUGCGAUGUGUGAAUAUUCAAGAAGCAGAAACAAUUAUGAAUGAGGUGCAUUCAGGGGUUUGUGGCCCUCACAUGAACGGUUAUGUUCUAGCAAAAAAGAUUAUCCGGGCAGGAGUUGCACCCUAUGUCUGCUCCGUGGCCUUUUGUGGCUGGGGAAUGGACGUUAUUGGGCCGAUUGAGCCGAAAGCAUCUAAUGGGCAUCGGUUUAUUUUAGUUGCUAUCGACUACUUUACCAAAUGGGUGGAAGCUGUCACAUUCAAAUCAGUCACCAAGAAAGCAGUGGUGGACUUUGUUCAUUCAAACAUCAUAUGUCGUUUCGGCAUACCAAAAAUCAUUAUUACAGACAAUGCAGCGAAUCUUAACAGCCACCUGAUGAAGGAAGUUUGCGAGCAAUUUAAAAUUGUUCAUCGUCAUUCAACCCCUUAUCGACCCAAAGCAAAUGGGGCUGUUGAAGCGGCAAAUAAAAACAUUAAGAAGUUAUUGGUUUACGGAACUGAGGCUGUCAUACCCGCAGAAGUUGAAAUCCCUUCUCUUCGAAUCAUUGUCGAAGCAGAAAUUGAGGACACGGAAUGGGUUAAAUCAAGGUUAGAACAAUUAGCACUGAUAGACGAAAAACGGUUGACAUCAAUUUGCUUUGGUCAAUUAUAUCAGCAGAGGAUGGCUCGAGCUUAUAACAAGAAGGUACGCCCAAGAAAUUUUGAAGUCGGUCAACUUGUUGUGAAACGCAUCCUUCCCCAUCAAGACGAGGCCAAAGGGAAGUUUGCCCCAAAUUGGCAAGGCCCUUAUGUUAUUAAACAAGUGCUAUCAAAAGGAGCUUUGCAACUGGCAAAUAUGGAGAAAAGGAUCGACACAAUUGUUAACGCAGAUUCGAUCAAAAGAUACUACGCCUAA